UGACAGCAGGAAAGGAGCACUCCAGCCUGCCAGGAGCCGGCUGCUGCAUCUUGUCAGUGGACCUCUUAGAUCACUUAUUGACAUCACGGAGCUCUUUUUGUUUUCCCCAUCACCCUCACUGUGAGCCCGCCAGAAGAGAGGAGCUGGAUUGACAAAACAAAUAAAAGGAUUCUGCUGCUUCUAACUCUCAAAACCUUUUGGACUAUUCUUCAUCCUCUUUUGCUGCUGUCAAUCAUUCAGCUGUCACAGCGAGCAUUACUAUCAUUCGCAAAGGAUACAGCUGUGCCUUUUUUACACUGGAGGUCAAGCGGAUUUCAGACUGGAUCAUAUGGAUUGAGGACUAGAUCCAAUAAACCAUGAACUCCAUUCAAAAGACUUUGAACUACAUCAAAUGGAUUCUGGAGUGAAUCAGAGCUUGAUUGGGACUCCUUGAAAUCUGAACUCUCCAUUAUCAGGUUCAUUCUCUUUAACCUGUGUGUGGAUGUCAGAUCCAUCUUACCUUUACUCAAAAAGGCAGGUUGCUUAAAGACAAACUCAGACUUUGACUGCAGAUGUGGAGCAUAUGUGCCUGUAGAUUAAGAUUGUGACCUAUGAGUAAGAAAUGGUGUUAAUGGUUGUGUUCCCCAGUGGUGCUGACGAAUGGAUACCUCAUCACUGCUGACUCACCACUAGACCAAAGAUGCCAUGCCCCAUUGCCCUCAAGUUAGAAUUAAAGCCUUUAAUUUUAACAAAUGGACAAUCUGUUAGUCGUUUCACUUGAUUUUCACCUCGGAACACCUGAAAGCAUGGCAGCUCCUAAUUACUUUAUUCUUCAAUUUCAGAAGUGUUAAUAUAAGCUAGUUGUUUCACUUGUUCAUUGUCAAGAAUGACUGAAGAAAAAACCUGUCCUUUCUUUGUAACCCUUCCAGAGCACCAUGCAUUCAGAAUUUCACAAAAGGCCUCAGUAACGGCUUAAAACAUUUGCCCUUGCUCUUUUUAAACCAAGGACAACAACAUUGAUUGUUUUUACUCUUCAGCAUUCACCCUGCUCACUUCUUGUGACGGGUGAAACUCAAAGCCAAUUUAUUUGGACACAUCAGAAGCUGGUUUUUCCUUUAUGUUUGGAUUGUAGUCACACUUAGGAUGGGAUAACUAUACGUUGAACUAAGUGCUUAAGUGACCCCUCGUUCAUCAUGGUGGUGACUCGUCUGGAGCUGGAGCUACGCUACCAGGGCAAGAAGUUACGUGGAGUGACAUGGAAACUGACUCGAUCAGAACAUGGAUUCCUGCCAGAGAGCUCCUGGCUCAUUGCUGCCCAGAUUAUAGUGCCGUUCCUGGUGUCAGGGCUCGGAAUGGUCUCCGCCGGUAUUGUUAUGGACCUUAUACAACACUGGGAGGUGUUUAAGGUGAUAACAGAGGUGUUCAUCCUGGUGCCGGCACUGGUUGGACUCAAAGGAAACCUGGAGAUGACCCUGGCCGCUCGCCUCUCCACUGCAGCCAACACGGGCCAAAUGGACGACCCUGAUAAACAGUGGACCAUGGUGUGCAGCAAUCUGGCUCUCAUACAGGUUCAGGCGACAGUGGUGGGCUUCCUCGCAGCAGUGGCAGCCGUGUGUUUAGGAGCAAUUUCUAGAGGGGGGGUUGAACUGGACCAGGCUGCUGUUCUCUGUGCUAGCAGCAUCAUCACUGCCUUUGUAGCCGCUCUAUCCUUAGGCUUGGUGAUGAUCGGAGUGAUCAUCGGCUCCAGGAAGGUGGGGAUCAACCCUGACAACGUGGCCACCCCCAUCGCUGCCAGUCUGGGUGAUUUGAUAACCCUGUCCCUGCUGGCCGGGGUCAGCAGCACACUCUAUGAAUACAUAGAUGUAUGGUACCUGUCCCCCCUUGUGUGUCUGGUCUUCCUGGCUCUGAUCCCACUGUGGGUGUUGGUGGCCCGACAGAGCCCUCCGAUCAGGGAAGUUCUGCGCUCAGGGUGGCAGCCAGUAAUAGUAGCCAUGUCCAUUAGCAGUUUUGGAGGCCUUAUAUUGGACAAGACAGUGAGUGAUCCCAACUUUGAGGGCAUGGCUGUCUUUACGCCCGUCAUCAACGGAGUGGGUGGCAACUUGGUGGCCAUCCAGGCCAGUAGGAUCUCGACCUACCUGCACUUCUGGACCAUCCCAGGGGUGCUGCCCUACAAGAUGAGGCAGCACUGGCCCAAUCCCUGCAUCACCUUUUUCUCCUCAGGGGUGAACUCAAAGUCAGCAAGGGUGCUUCUGAUGCUGGUUAUUCCCGGUCACCUGGUCUUCCUCUACGCCAUCUCUCUGCUGCAGGGAGAGGAGGCGCCUAUCUCUGUAGCCUUCACCGUCUGCUACCUGUGUGCCGCUCUGAUACAGGUGGCCAUCCUCCUUUACGUUGCCGACCUCAUCAUCCGUGUGAUGUGGAGACGGAGUCUGGACCCAGACAACUUCUCCAUCCCUUACCUGACCGCCUUGGGGGACCUGCUAGGCACCGGCUUUCUGGCCCUCUGCUUCCGUUGCGUCUCACUGGUUCAGAGCCUGGGUCUCUGAAUUUGUCCCCCUUUACCACUGAACUUUUAGCUGUCUUAUCUGUCUUGUUGCACCAAUUUUGUUACAUUUACACAGAGAUGCUUUUGAUCGGACAAUAAAGCAUUUUCUGAUGGUUAUCACCGGGCCAGUUAAUACUGAGGAAUCUGUCUUUGUCACAAAUUCAAACCUUUACAGUGAUGAGACGCCACAGGUGACACCCAUCCAUCUGGGUAAAGGGUUUGCUGUCUGAACACGUCCAGUCAAUCUAAUUUAGUUUUAGUUCUCUGUCCUUCAGAGCGUCUACUACAGUAUAUUGAACUUUAUUUGAUCAUUCCUCUUUAUCUGUCUGUCUUUUAGAUUUCCUGACUAAAUAUGAGUGGUGGCCCUGUGCUCACCUCGUCUGUCAGUUCAUCUCUUUGGCUUCAUCAGAGGAAUAUGUAGCAACUUUGCAUCAUAGCAGCAAGGCUGAGCAUUUGGUCUGCUUGUGGACACUUUUGGACUUGUGGAUAGAACAAACAGACUUGAAUCGGUCCAUGUUUUGGGUGGGCUAUACUAUGCAUUGAUGGAAGUUGACGUAUGUAGUACACUAACUGGAAUUUUGGAAUCAUGAUGACUUAUUUAGAAUGAAUGAGACAGGUUUCGUUUUCAUGAGAAAUCCGGUUACGUACCUGUAACACACCGGAAUGUUUUAUCAUCACAUGAAAAAUCCUCAAUCUUUUCAUAUCGUUUACUGCAAGUUCAUUUUUGAGGUACUGUAACAGAAGCAAACAGACAGAAGGGGGUAAUUGAUAAUUCCAUGACCAAAGGACAAAUGGCAUGGCUGCACAGUGGAAGAAGACGAUAUCAGUGCAUGUAAUGGGAGUUUGUGUCAUUCACGUGCAAUGGAAUCACCUCUGACCUGACAGUGUCACGGCGUAGAGAACGGUACAAAGCGGUUCCACCUUAAACACUGAAGUGGACACUGAUCUGAAGGUGCAGAUUCAUCAUUAGUUGGUAUACUAUGCCUGAAAAUGGUAGAUAACAUGUUUGGUUGCUGUGUUUGUUGGAGAAUUUUUUUGUGAAAUGAGGUGAAGGGCCAAACAGAACUGACCACAGACCGUUUGACUGUAGGAGGGAGGGUAUCCACCAGCAAGUUCUUGACAGCUACAAAUUUGUAUGUAUCUAGAAUCCCUCCUGUGAUGGCACCUACUGACGUUCAUACUUAAAAUAGAAAGUUUGCCCUGAAUAGUGGGAAAAAAAGCUACUAAAAGCUUAAAGGAACUAUACAACAUUUUGGGAAAUACACUUAUUCACGUUCUUGCUGAGAGGUAGAUAACAAGAUUAAUACCACUGUUGUGUCUGUAUGCUAAAUAUGAAGCUACUACUAGCAGUCGGCUAACUUAGCUUAGCAUAAAACUGCUGGAAACUGCCAGCCCGGUUCCCUCCGAAGGAAACAAAAUACGCCUACCAACACCUUUUAAGGCUCACUAAUUAACACUUAGUAAUUUUAACGCUUCUGUUUUUGUACGACUUAAACAAAUUUGAUUCAAUUUGCCGUAUUACAGUUGUGUUGUUUUUUUUAUAUGAAUUAAACAAAUGAGAUAUAACAUGUUAAUUAGUGAGCUGUGUUUGUAGGCAGAUUCUGACAAUGCCAGGCUAGCUGUUUAUCCCUUUUUCCAGGGGCAUGCUAAGCUCAGUUAGUCAUGUACUGGCUUUAGCUUCAUACUUAGCAUACAAACAUGGACAUUGUUAUCAAUCAUCUCAUCCAACUCAACAAGAAAGCAAAUAAGAACAUUUUCCAAAAUGGCUCCAACUUUUUCUUUGAGGUUUGUAAUAGCAUCUGCUCAUGUACAAAUCAUGUGGUACCAAAUGCGCUGAGCAAACAUCUCUGACAGCUGUUCCUUUUCCAAGUUUCAUAGCAAGUCACCAAAAUACCAAACAGGUGAGAGAGGGACCUAUGUGUAUCCUGUAAAAAUCCAGAUCCAUCACAAAAACAGAUUGUCUCAUAUGCAGAUGAUGUACUACUUUUCGUUGCACAUACAGUCGAUAUAUAUGAGCUAAUUAAUGUGGCACUUGCAAACAAUAGAGUAAUAAUUAUAAGCAGUGACACUGUUUUUUCAGAUUCUGUAUCAUGCUAGAAAUUGUUGCCCAGACACCUAAAAAAUAAUGUUCCAACGCACUGUGAAGCCCAGAAAAUGUGUCCUCACCUCUCUAUUUGUAUAGCAGUCUCAAUAUUUAAAAAAGCAUUUUGCAAUAUUUUAUUUAUUUUAAAUUUUAUGCUGCUACUCAAUUUAAAAAAACAACAAAACAAACUGCAGUGAACUGUUGCAGAAAACCUCUAUAUUUGUUUUACCCAUCGGCCCAGCUUUGUGUUACAUCGGCUGUGUAGCUGCAGAGGAUCUUGGGAAUUCCCUCACUACUUGAUACUGAUAGUCCCUUUAAUGGAGGUUCAAAAAGCCUUACUGUUUGUUGUCAGAACCAUAAAACCUCAUCAUUACAGCAGUGAGUGCAUGUACAUGCAUAUGUUCAUUUUACAGGCGUGUUCAGACAGAAAGUAAAGCAAAUUUUCAGCUUACAUAAUUCGCACUAAUUUGACCACUGGGCCGUUUGUUUUCUGACAGACUGAAUCCAGAACUCCAGUUAUAUUUCCACCACUUACUUUCUUGCCUCUGUACGUUUUUAAUGUCUUCACACCAAUCUACGCCACUUUGGUCAAAUUCGUGUGUAAUUGCCCCAUGUCUUAAAUUUGCUUCUCAUUCUGUCUAAACACACAGUAACACAGUAUAAAAACACAGUUUAACAUUUAAAGUCAUGUUUAAGCGUAAAUGAGCUUCGUCUCAAAGAUUUAUCCGAUUUCUGAAAAUAACACAGUACACAACACAAAUGUGUGUGUAAAUGCACUCAUGAAGUCACAGAACAUUUUUGCUGUUUGCUGUUACUAGUGUUUUUAGAGAUAAUCACUGAAAUCUGAGGCAUUUCUAAAAGCAGCCUGUCUUGUCAAUAAUCUUCUUGUCAAAGUAUUUCAGUGUUAAUAGUGCUUUGCUAAAAGCUUUUAUUGUGACACUGUUACACAGUACUUUCUACACUAGAAGGUAAUCAAAUAUGGAAAUGUACUAUUUGAAUCACAGUUUAUUUCUGAGCUUACUGUAUGAGAUCUAUGUGUUUACUGUGAUACUGUGAGAACUAGACCACAGCUAGUUGUACCAGCACAUUAGUGUGUCUUAAUCAGUAGGGCUGGACAAUAUAUCAUUGAAUCUGUAUCACAUUUACAUAGAUAACGAUUGUAAUAACCUUUUUUUAAUACACCAUUACAAUCAUUUCCCUCACAUCUGAUGUUUGACCAAAUUAAUUACAGUCUGACCAGUUAAAGAGUCUACUGGACUAGACUUGUUGGUCAGUUAUCUGUUUAGUUAGAUGUCGUAGUUUGAUCUAGCUACUCUUACAGGUCCAGUGUGUAACAUUUAGGAGGAUCUAUUGGUAGAAAUGGAAUAUAAUAUUCAUAGGAAUGUUUCACUGAAAAUAAGAAUCCUGUUUUCGUUACCUUAGAAUGAGCUGUUGUUAUCUACAGAGGGAGCGGGUCCUCUUCUACAGAGUCCGCCAUGUUGAACCGCCAUGUUUCUACAGUAGCCUAGAACAGACACUGGCUCUGCAGCCACUGUUGAUUCUCUUACACACUUGGAAGGUGAUAUUCAAUGGGUUGCAAUCUGCAACUUCAUCACUAGGUGCCACUAAAUCUUACACACUGGACCUUUUAAAGUAGAUAUAUGGAAGUCAGAUACUUUAUUUGAAGUUCUGAUGAUUAAAUUCAUGUUGGUAAUAAUGACAGUAAUUAAAAAGAAUAGUUAAGUGUUUUGGGAAAUAUGUUUAUUCAUCUAAUUUCCAAAACUUGGAAAAGCCAGGCUAGCUGUUUCCUCCUUCAACAAAUCUUUAUGCUAAGCUAACUGCCUGCUGGCAGUAGCUUCACAUUUAGCAUACAGAAUCAAGAGUGGUGUCAGUCUCUUAUCUAAAUCUUGGCAAGACAGUGAAUAAGCGUAUUUCCCAAAAUGUCUAAAUAUUCCUUCGAAAAAUGUGGUUUAUCAUCCAGCCCUAUUUGGUAUUAAGCAGUCCUUCCAGGAUUUUGGUGGACUUUUUUGGGGGGUUGAUUGUUGCAGCCUAAAAUAUCUGAUUUCACGGCAGUUUUUCUUAAAAGAUUACGAUGCAUGUUGCGAUGUUUUUAAGUAUUUUUUUGCAGUGGAAUUGCAAGAAAGUGAAAAUGUAAAUUCUUUUUGUAUAAUUCAUUAAAAUUCGAAGGCAACUUGUUCUAUUGAGAAUAACAUCACCAGUAAUUUGGUGACGUAUGGCUCGACGUUUUGCAUGACGAUGAUGAAACUCGCCAGAAACUACGCUGAUUGGUCAAAUAUGCAAAAAAGUUGCGGUGAUUAGACAAAAUUGCAAGAUAGAAUUUGCAAUAACUGUUGCAGUCGAAACAUCGCAACUUCCUGGAGGGACUUAUAAUGUAAAAGAGUGUGGUGGCAAAAUACCCAAUUGCAAACCUGCACUUUUGUUUUAAAAGUAGUCUAAAGUUGCCUUGAAAACAAAGUUAAUGUCUACUGUGUCUUAUCUAAAACCUCCCCAUCUACAGCCAUGUCAAUGUCAAAACAAUAGUAGCUUUAUUUAAAUGUUGCAGUCCUUUCUCUUUUGCUUUCUGUAGGCAAACCUUUGUACUGUACUUCAAUGUUAACACUGCCACAUUAAGACUUUAGGGGCUUUUAAAUGCCUUUAUUUUCUAAUCUUGCUGUGUUCACUGUCACCUGAGCUUCCACACCUACAUGUUAUGUCUUGUCUUGUGUGUGCUCAAAAAUGAAGUGUGGAAUCUAAAAAUGUGACAAAUGUUUGGUGAGUGAUUAUGUAAUUUUGUGGCUAUGAACAGUUAUAUUUUAAUAAAAAUAAACAGUGUAAUGACA